UAAGACACACAGUGUAGAAUUAUUCUGUCACACGGAAAAGACACACAAUCACCGCCUGUGGACUUUCCUUUAUUCGCUCCUUUAGUAAGAAGAAUCUAGGAAUUCAAGAAUCUAGGAAUUUUUGUUAUUCCCUUAUGCUCCGGUCUUUGUGCCGAGGAGAUAAAUGUGUGAGGACAGGAACAGGAACCCGUACCUGGAGAUCGACGCAUGUAUUUGGAGGAUGAGUCCGGCUUUAAAGGCGCUGAUGGAGGGGUGUAGAUACCCAGGGAAAGGCCAGAAGAAAGGUGGAGUGAUGUUGGAACCGUUUGUUCAUCAGGUCGGAGGCCAUUCGUGUGUAUUGCGAUUUGGGGAGCAGACCAUCUGUAAGCCGCUAAUCCCUCGAGAACACCAGUUCUACAAGAGCCUGCCACCAGAAAUCCGCAGAUUUACACCUCAGUACAAAGGGGUGGUAUCAGUGAGCUUCGAGGAGGAUGAAGAAGGGAACCUGUGUUUGAUAGCGUACCCUCUGCACAGCGAUCCAUCUGACCAGGAGAACACGGAACGCUUAGCCGACGGAGAACCCAAGAGCAAGGUGCUGAAGUGGAGUAAGAAGAAGCCGACAGCGUUGCUAGAGAACGAGAGAACGAGACAGAGCCGCAAAGAGGACAAGAGCAAAAGUAAUCGUGAGGAUAAAGCAGAGGUGCUGUACUACAGCCUGGAGAAAGGAAACAUGACACCUCAGAUCAAACACAACCCCUGGAGUCUGCAGUGUCACCAGCAGCAUCUGCAGAGGAUGAAGGAGAACUCCAAACACCGAAACCAGCACAAGUUCAUUCUACUCGAGAACCUGACAUGGCGCUAUCGGGUUCCUUGUGUUCUUGAUCUGAAAAUGGGAACCCGGCAGCAUGGUGAUGACGCAUCAGAAGAGAAGAAAGCCAACCAAAUCCGCAAAUGCCAGCAGAGCACGUCCUCUACAAUAGGAGUGCGGCUCUGUGGGAUGCAGGUGUAUCACAGUGUGACGGGGCAGCUGAUGUUCAUGAACAAGUACCACGGCCGGAAGUUGAGUCUGGCCGGCUUUAAAGAAGCCCUGUGCCAGUUCUUCAGCGACGGACGUGUUCUCCGCAGAGAACUCCUCUCUCCGGUUCUCCAUCGGCUCAAAGAGAUGCGAGCCGUCCUCGAAGCCUGCGAGAGCUACCGCUUUUUCUCAUCCUCUCUCCUCAUCAUCUACGAUGGAGCGCCAGCCCCUGCCAGAUCCCGGCCCUCUCGUGGAGGAGAGGAGGAAGACGAGGACGAGGAGGAUGAGGAGGAAGAAGGAGCGUACGGCGGCCGUUCCCAGCUUCGGGAUUGCUCGAGCGGAUCAGGAUCGACCUCGCCGUUGGUGGACGUGAGGAUGAUCGAUUUUGCUCACACGACGUGUCGCGAUUAUGGCGAGGACAGCGUCGUGCACGAAGGUGGAGACAGCGGCUACAUCUUUGGCCUGCAAAACCUCAUUAGCAUUCUGUCGCAGCUUGAAGAGCACAGCACUGAUUAAAUGCGUACAUGAUUAAACAUGUAAUCGUGCACCGUACCCCGACCGCUAUGCUAGGUUUAUAGUGGUACCCUGAUAAAGGUAACAGGGCUGAAGGCUACGUUCUGAUCCCUCAGAGCUUUAAUCAUGCCCCGAAGAUGAGGCACUACAGGAUCAAGGAAGGAUGGAAGGUCAAAUCCCAAAUGGCCUUCAGGAGCUGAUGGGACUGAACUGCUCACACUUUUGCUUGCUUUUUGUUGUUGUUGCAAAAUCCAGUGUGGUCCCUCUCUCCUCCAGACAUUUCUGCUUUCUCUCUGUCACGGAAGGACGGAGGCAGACCACCGUCUGGGGUCUGGAAAAUGUCCUUAUCUGCUCUCGCUCUGAAAUAGAAGAGAUCCGAGUAGAUUAUGAAAUCGAAACAAGAAAGACACACUGUUCACACACACAUUCAUACUUUGAAUGAGAUGUGGAUUUGUAGCAAAGGUCUUUUUUUAUAUAUAUAUAUAUAAAUAUAUAUAUCAUGUUAGCACAAAAAAAAAGAUAAGCCAUUCUGACUCACAGUUCUCAGACAUCAAGGUGCUUUAGAAAUACCAUCAAGACCAAGAGAGAUUUAUUUAUAAGAAAGGAAAGAAAGGGAAGAGACUCGUAUUUAAAGGGAAUAAGUACUUUAAUGGACGGAUUUCAUCAGAGACACUUUAAAAAAAAAAAACAACAACAACUUGUUUAUCUGCACACUUCAUUCCAUAGUUCACUAGAUGUGAUCUGAGAUGCUAUAAACGAACUUUAUUUAUUGAUGAGCAUACUUCUAUGAUGAACCUGAAAGGAUUAUAUGACAUUCCAUCCUACUGUACUGUCGUUAUAAUGUGAUAUUUAUAAGAAUCGAUGCUGGUUUUCACUGUGCCCUGUCUCUGUUCAACACUAUACAACAGAAAUAAAGUCUUUGGUUGUACUAAA